GCAGCUCGAGCCCCAGUGGAGACGCUGCAGACGCUCAGCUCGCUCCACCGACAACACCAAGUCACGUUCUGUUCUUCUCUGGCGGAACCGGAGAGCGAAAGCCUUUUAGGAUUAUAUCUAUCGCGUAUGAUAUGUGGAGCUGAACGACCGGUCGUGACGGAGGAGGCGAGGGGAAAUAUUUAAAAAAGAGCGAAAGGGAGAAAAGAAAAGGUGGUGUCCUCCCAUCAGAAACACACUGAGCACAGGACGGAAGGAGGGAGGGAGGAGAGAGAGAGAGAGAGAGAGAGAGAGAGAGAGAGAUAGAGAGACAGAGACAGAGAGACAGAGACAGAGAGACAGAGUGAGAGGGAGCGAGAGAGAGAGAGAGAGAGAGAGAGAGAGACAGAGGGAGCGAGAGAGAGAGGGAGAGAGAGAGAGAGAGAGAGGGAGAGAGAGAGAGACAGAGUGAGAGGGAGCGAGAGAGAGACAGAGUGAGAGGGAGAGAGAGAGAGAGAGAGAGAGAGAGAGAGAGAGAGAGAGAGAGAGAGAGAGAGAGAGAGUGAGAGAGUCGACAUCUGUGUAUCACAUCAAGGCAGCUGUGGUUAGAGUGGACUGCAGUUAUUUUACGAACGAGAGGCAGAGAGGGGGACAGAAGUGGAGAGAAGGAGAGAGAAGGACAAAAGGAGGGGGGGCCUGGGUGAGUUUCCAAGCCCAGGACGGUGAACCCUGAUCGGGGGUCUUUCAGGCAACAGUGGGGUUAGACCAGGCCCCUGGAGUUCCUUUGGAGAGAUGAGGACCUCUGAGAAGACAGUGUUUAGACACAGGUGAAAAUCAAAUGAAUCGUGACUCUAAUGGAUCCUGUGAUUACAACAUGGAUUGACCUUUUCUUCUUCUCAUCUGAAGGGAUAUUUUUGUUUUUUACGUGGACUUUUUUCUGUGUGGAAAUGGGUCUAUUUUUUCUGCAUGAAUUUGGAGUUUCAAGUCUUUCUGGUGUGUAUUUUAAGGAGGCUGUUUAGUUGACUCUGUGGAUCUGAAACUGCCCCACUCAUCUGAAGGGAUCUAAACAAUAACUAUUUUGGCCUUGGACUUCUUUCACAUAUCAUUUUUUUCUGGAGUUUUGUGGUUUUUUUCCAAUAUGUUUUUUUUUCAUGCAGUAAUUGAGACUGCUUUGUAACCUUGGUAACCAAGCGGUAACCAAGCGUCAACUGAGCGGUAACCAUGGCAGCAGCCUAUCGCGUGGUCGUGAGCAGUGUUAGUUGCUACAGCAGCGUGGUGGUGGACCGUCGGGCUCAGAGUCACGCGGUGCACUACUGCUCCGGGUCAUGUGGGGCGCUGUCCCAGGGACUUGACUGUACUGUUGCCCAUCGCAGCACCUGCUCCGAGCUGCUGACCGCCCCCUCACACACACACGCUCACACACACCCCGACCCCUCACACACAUUCACACACAACCUGACCCGAAAUGCGAACUCUCCUCACCAAAUCCCCAACAGCUGUAAAUUUAGUAUCACCAGCUCUAUCGGGAGUUUUGGUGUUCCUAAUGAUCCUAACAGUGUGUAUGGUGUGGUGGGGGAGGACAGUCCUCCAUGGCGAGGUAAGAAGGCCAACACUACCACCACUACUACCAGCUCUGGUCCUGACCGGCCUCUCCAGAGCUCUGCCAGUCUGAAGGACAUCACAGGAGAAGCCAUCAACCUGGCCAGUGGCAAACUCAAAGAGUUCUCCUUCGAGAAGCUCCGCCUCUCCACCAGUCACGUGACCUUCAGGAAAGGUCGCAAGGUAAGGCCGGACUCGUACAGCCGUCGGUCCACGGACCUCGACAUCGUCUACGGACAGUUCACCGGGAACGUCGGAGGAACGGGGAAUGGGACUAUUACCGGAAAUGGAAACGCCAAUGAUGAGAACCUGCCUCCUUUCAGCGACACCACCAAGCUGCUCAAAGGCCUAUCGCCUGCUAGCAUCACCGCCGGGGGCGGGUCUCUAUCCACAACCAGCCUAUCCAGUGCCUCCAGGGCCGGGGGCGGGUCCACCAGUAGCCUAUCCAGCGCCUGCUCUGGUUCCUUGGAGGCGGGGCUAAACACAGUGGCGUCUCUCUACCUCAGCUCAUUAGCCGACGAGUCCCUCAUCGCCCGGUUACUGGAGAAGACCCGUGCAGGGGAGGAGGGAGGAGUGGGAGGAGCAGGGGGGGAAGACAUACGGGCCUGUCUGGACAUUCUGGUCAAGUGUUCAGAGGACUUGAAGAAAUGUACUGACAUCAUCAAGCAGUGUAUCAGUCGGAAGAGUCCCGGGGGAGGGGAGGAUGGGGGAGCCAGUCCAGAGAGCAUCUACAGAGCUGUGAUGACCAGACUGAGCUCCUAUCUGAGGAAACUGCCUCUAGAGCUGGAGGGGGCUGGGUUAGGGUUAGGGUCAGGGGCUGGAGGUCAAGGGUCAGGGAUUGGAGGUAAUAGCGAGUUGGCCGAGCUGGUUAGUAGUCUCCAUAUGCUGCAGCAAGCUGCUGUCCCCUUCUCACCCAUAUUUGGGAAUGAUCAACCGCCACGGUAUGAGGACGUUGUUCAGAACCCUCCCUUACCCAAGAGCAGGGAUAUACUGCCACCCUCGUCACUCGCUCCAGACUCUUCUCUCUCUUUGUCCACUACGCCUGAGACAGCAGGGAGACAUGAGGUUCAGACCAACGGGCUGCAGCACACACACACUCUGUCACACACACACACUCUGUCACACACACACACUCUGUCACACACACACACUCUGUCACACACAUACACUCCCUCACCGCACACACACACUCUGUCACACACACACUCUCCCUCACCGCACACACACACUCUGUCACACACACACUCUCCCUCACCGCACACACACACGUUGUCCAUUUCUACCCCUCCAUCCCAGGCACACACACCUUCAUCGCAAACGCACACUCCGUCAGAGUGCACACACACUCCGUCCAUCUCCCCCAUGGAGGCUCUCUUCAUUGAGGAGGAUGCAGACCUGGGAAGGGGGCUGAACAGGGCUUCCAGACACACACACUCACACACACCGACCAGAAGUCUCACACACACUCACAGUCGGAACGGGACAGCUUUUAGUCCACACACACCCCCCAGCUCCGCGCACACACAUCUCAGCCCCAAUCUGUCACACGUACACGUUACACACACACUCCAGUCUGCUGGUGAAGACCUCACCUGCCCCCCAACCUCCGAACACACCCCUCCUGUCACUCAUAGAGACGAUGACAUCGACAGGCUUCUGAUGGACUUGGAGUGUCUGUCGCAGAGCAUGGGUCGGGAGAGAGACCGAGUCAGAGAGGGAGAGAGAGAGGCGGAGCCCCCUCUCCCCGUUAAGACCAGACAGAGGGGGACAGGACAGGGGAACACCUCCACACAAACACAACCCUCUCUCCAGACACAAACCCAAAUCAACCCCCAGGCUCAAAGGCCUGUUCCUGUUAGCCACCUAACCGCUAACGCCCAGGCCACUAGGUCGACCCCCAGCUUGCCUGCUCCUCUCCCCCAGGCAGAGGGCAGCGUGGUGGGGCUGGGAGAUGAGGAGGACAGGGCCCUGCUGCUGAGGAUCCUGGAGAGCAUUGAGAGCUUUGCCCAGGAACUGGUGGACUCUGGGGGUAGUCCUGGGAACACUGGGAAGACUGGGGCUCAGAGCAAAGAGAAGGAGGUGAUGAGACUCCUACAGGACACUCUGGCUACUGCAGCCAAGACUGACACUCUGACGCAGGCCAAACUACCUGGAUCUCCACCCGCUGGGCAAGAUGGACCUGUAUCCACGCCUGCACCCAGACCUACAUCUGGUGCUGUAUCCACGCCUGCACCCAGACCUACAUCUGGUGCUGUAUCCACGCCUGCACCCAGACCUACAUCUGGUGCUGUAUCCACGCCUGCACCCAGACCUACAUCUGGUGCUGUUCCUACAGCUCUACCUGUCUCUUCAGCUCCCACACCUGUCCCUGUCCACACAACCCUAGCAGAAUCUGUCGCUACAGACCAUGCUAUACCUUCUGCCCUACCCACACCUGUUCCACCCCCUACAGUCGUACCCACACCUGUUCCACCCCCUACAGUCGUACCCACACCUGUUCCACCCCCUACAGUCGUACCCACACCUGUUCCACCCCCUACAGUCGUACCCACACCUGUUCCACCCCCUACAGUCGUACCCACACCUGUUCCACCCCCUACAGUCAUACCCACACCUGUUCCACCCCCUACAGUCAUACCCACACCUUCAGAAGCAGCCGCUAGACGUGAACAUCCUCCUGUAGCUAACCUGACAGCGGUACUUACCACCACGGCCACCCCUCCACCGGCUGUAACACCUGUCCUCUCCCCUGUCCCGCCCCCUACACACACACCUGGAGAGGCACCUGUUGCAACCAUCGCUGCUCCUCCUGUUGCCGUGAGACACCCGAUUGCCCCUAGCGAUGUGGUUGCCCUGAGAGACAUCGGCUCGACGCUGCUCAUCCAGCAGACGCCCGAGGUGAUCAGAGUCCAGUCCAACAAGCAAGAUAAGAAAUCUGGCACCCCUCCGCCAGCCCCUCUCUCCCCCACCCCUACAUUUCUCCCCCCACCGCUCCCCCUCUCCUCCCCCACUCCACGUCCUCCCCCUCCUCCUCCACCUCCCCCACCUCCCCCUGCCCUCAACAUUCCCCGCUUCUACUACCCUCGAGGGUUACCGGCGGCAACAAAAGUUAACCACGAUGCGGCCAUCACUGCCAUAGAAACAGCCUUCACAGAGUUUGAGGAGGAGAAGGCUGAUAUUUACGAGAUGGGCAAGAUCGCUAAGGCAUGCGGCUGUCCUCUGUACUGGAAGGCAGCCAUGUUUAACGGAGCGGGAGGAGAGAGGACCGGCUUUGUCUCUGUUCACUCCUUCAUCGCUACCUGGAGAAAGUUGUUACAUAGUUGCUAUGACGAUUCGUCUAAGUUUAUCUACCUCCUGGCGAAGCCUGGCUGUUCCUACCUGGACCAGGAGGACUUCAUACCUUUAUUACAGGACAUAGUGGACACCCACCCGGGACUGACGUUCUUGAAAGAUGCCCCAGAAUUCCAUUCCCGUUACAUCACCACCGUGAUUCAGCGGAUAUUCUAUGUGGUCAACCGCUCGUGGACGGGUCGCAUCACCAUGACGGAACUACGCAGGAGCAACUUCCUGCAGACCCUGGCCCUGUUGGAAGAGGAGGAUGAUAUCAACCAGAUAACAGAUUAUUUCUCUUAUGAGCAUUUCUAUGUGAUCUACUGUAAGUUCUGGGAGUUGGACACGGACCACGACCUUUACAUCGACCCUAAGGACCUGGCUCGUUACAACGACCACGCAUCCUCAAGCAGAAUCAUUGAGAGGUUGUUCUCAGGAGCCGUUACACGGGGUAGCUCAGUGCAAAGAGAAGGGAGGAUGAGUUAUGCAGAGUUCAGCUGGUUCCUCAUCUCAGAGGAAGACAAGAAAAGCCCUACAAGUAUAGAGUACUGGUUCAGGUGUAUGGACACAGAUGGGGACGGUGUGUUGUCUAUGUUUGAGUUGGAGUACUUCUAUGAGGAGCAGUGUAGUAGGAUGGAGGGGAUGGGCAUUGAACCCCUACCCUUCACAGACCUGCUCUGUCAGAUGCUAGACCUUGUCAAACCUGAAAGCCAAGGUAAGAUAACCCUGUCUGAUCUGAAGAGGUGUAGGAUGGCUCAUAUAUUCUUCGACACGUUCUUCAACCUGGAGAAAUACCUGGACCACGAGCAGAGAGACCCCUUCGCUUUGCAGAAGGACAUAGACAACGAGUGUCCAGAGCCUUCAGACUGGGAUAAAUACGCUUCAGAGGAGUAUGAGAUCCUGGUGGCAGAAGAGACAGCUAAUGAACAGCUGCAGGAGGGGACGUUUGAUGAUGACUAUGAGGAGGCGGAGCUUCCUGUUCAAGGAGAGAUGGUUGGGAAUAAGAUGGAUAAGCUGCUCAUAUCAGAUCUGUCAGCAUGAUAUUCCCAAAGCCUGGAAUAGCGCUCCCUUCUCCUUGGAUAUACAGGAGACAGGGGAGAGAGGAAGAAGGAUGGACGGGGAGAAAUUGGUAAAAAGCUAAAGCGAUGGAGGACUCCAAACUCUCUCAGCUUCUCCUUUCAUACACAGACAGGGACAGAAGAGAUGGUGAGAAGACAGAGAGGAUGGACAGAACGAGAGAGAGGAUGGCCAGAACGAGAGAGAGCAUGGACUGAACGAGAGAGGAUGGACAGAACGAGAGAGAGCAUGGACUGAACGAGAGAGGAUGGACAGAAGGAGAGAGAGGAUGGACAGAAGGAGAGAGAGGAUGGACAGAAGGAGAGAGAGGAUGGACAGAAGGAGAGAGAGGAUGGACAGAACGAGAGAGAGGAUAGACAGAACGAGAGAGAGGAUGGACAGAAGGAGAGAGAGGAUGGACAGAAGGAGAGAGAGGAUGGACAGAAGGAGAGAGAGGAUGGACAGAAGGAGAGAGAGGAUGGACAGAAGGAGAGAGAGGAUAGACAGAACGAGAGAGAGGAUAGACAGAACGAGAGAGAGAAUGGACAGAAGGAGAGAGCGGAUGGAUAGAACGAGAGAGAGGAUGGACAGAAGGAGAGAGAGGAUGGACAGAAGGAGAGAGAGGAUAGACAGAACGAGAGAGAGGAUAGACAGAACGAGAGAGAGAAUGGACAGAAGGAGAGAGCGGAUGGAUAGAACGA